GGGAAGCCCGGAGCUCCUCCGUCUCCUGUCCCAACCAUGGGUAGAAGCUCAUGCUGCUCCAGGGAGAAACUCAAGAAGGGGGCUUGGAGCGCCGUCGAGGACAAGGUGCUCCGUGACUACAUCAGAGUUCAUGGCGAGGGCAAGUGGGGAAAGGUCCCCAAGAAAGCAGGGCUGAAUCGGUGUCCCCGGAGCUGCCGGCUGCGGUGGCUGAAUUAUCUGCGGCCGGAUAUUAAGAGGGGGAACAUAUCCGAUGAAGAGGAAGACCUCAUCAUCAGACUCCAUAAUCUCUUGGGAAACAGGUGGUCUCUCAUAGCCGGAAGACUACCGGGUCGAACAGACAACGAGAUCAAGAACUACUGGAACACCGUCCUGAAGAAGAAGCUGCAGGCUCAGCCGGUUGCAUCGACGGCAACCACCGUCCUGCACUCGGACCGGGAUGGAGCCGCGACCCUCAAGAACGAGAAAGAGGCCGAGGCCUCAACGCAGUGCAGCCAGGACCGCGCCGCGAGCCGUCAUCAGCAAUCGGGCAGGAGCGUGCAGAAUGUUCAUUGCAAUCGGUUCAACUCGUCGGCGCCGGCGGUCGGAGACCUCCAUUCCGAUGGUUCUUCCAUGGCGGCCGAAGAGUGCGAUCUGUUUGACAUACUCAAAGGUCUCGAUACCGAGGAGCUCUGCUCGAGGUAUCUUCUGGAACUAGACUUCUUCCAGCUCCUUGGGAGCACUGUCCCACAGGACACGAGAGACUGGUGUGGUGGUGGUGGUGGUGGUGACUCCUAUGUGUUCUUCGAUGAUAGAUUGCUCCUCGAGGGUGCUAUUUCUGAUACUUGGAUUGGUGGCGAGCACAUCUGAUCUUACGGUGGUCCAGCAUCUGAUGAUUUGGUACAUUCUUCCAGUCCAAAUCAGAAUAUGAGUUUGUGGACCAAACAUGUGGUUUUAGAGUGGCAUGCUCAGACAAUAAUAGUGUGCCCUCUGUCACUCUCUAUGCAAAUGUUUUAGCAGUGUAAGCCUUUACCUUUUUCUUUU